GACAAUCUUUGAAAUAAAAAAAAUGAAAUGAUUGUAUCAUCGAUUUUCUAAAUACUUUCAUGAUUUAUGUAUACGUACAUACAUACAUACAUACAUACAUACAUACAUACAUACAUACAUACAUACAUACAUACAUACAUACAUACAUACAUACAUACAUACAUACAUACAUAUAUACUAUUUAAAAUCUCACACCCGAUACUAGCAAUUGGAACUAUACAAUAUGCCACCCACACCUUGCGAUCAACAUAUAUUUCGGUUUAAUAAUCCGUCCACGCAUCUAUCCACCCCUCCAUCCACCCAUCCACACAUCAUGGACUCACUCCCCAAUUUCCCACAGCGUCCCUUCGCCGUCGCAUUCAUGGCACUGCCGAUUCUGUAUGUCAUAUGGUUGAUCGUCUCCAUGGUGCUUCUUUGGGCAUCACCGGUUAUUAUAUCGUCCUUUGCGGUUACGAUGGCUAUCGUGAAGGCGUUUAUGUGGGGUGUGAUUUGGAUACUUGUGGUUGUGUAUUUGGUGAUGAAGAUUGCGGAGGUUUAUUUGAGGUUGUCGCUGAGGAGAACUGUGGGUGUUGCGCCUGAGGUGGCGAUGAUGAUUGCCGAGGUUUGUUUGAGGUUGUCGCCGGGGGGGAAUGGGGCUGCUGGGUUUGGGAUGGUGAAUGAGGCGAUGGGGUUUGUUGAUUGGUUGAAUGUUGAGACUGCUGGGUUUGGGAUGAUGAAUGAUGCGAUGGGGUUUGUUGAUUGGUUGAAUGUUGAGACUGCUGUGAUAGCAUUUAUUGAUUGGGUGGGAGGGAAUUUAGAUUUUAUGUAGCUGUGUAGAGAGCGGGUGGGAUGAUGAAUGGAGACUGGAGUUGUUUGGGGAAGGGAAGAUUAGGUGUGGAGAUUUUUGGGAUGGGUAGGAGGAGGGAGCUUGGAAGAUGAAGAUGUGAAGAGGAAUAGGAAAUGGGAAGUGAAUAGAUCAUGAUCAUGAAUAAGGGUUGUUGGGAAUGAAGGACUCAGCUAGGUGGAAGUGCUAUCGAGAUCGAGACUACUUGAUCUUUGAUACUGUGCUAUGCUAUGAAAAAGGGAUAUGUUGUGGAAGGAAGUGAGAUGACAGCCGUCAUUUGCAUCUUCUGGAUAACAAUGCUUCAAAUGAGGGGAUUGUCUUAUAUAUCGGACUCUCCCAGGAGUUGAGGGUCGUAUCGUAUCUUGUGUGCGAUGAUAACCGUAUGCUACAUGUAUGUAUGUAAGUUAUCGCGGCAAAUCCACCCUCGACAGUAUUAAUGGGUGAGGUGCGGGGAAACUAAUAAUAAUUGUUGAUAAACUUGACUACUCAUUAAUCGCAAAUUCAAUCUUAUUGCAUGGAAGUAGUGAAAUCAUCAGAUACCUGGAGAAAGUCUUUCAAAUCGAUUUAUAAAUGAAAAUC